CUGUUCCAGGAAGUCCCGGGUGGGUAGGCGCUCGGACCCGGAAGUUAAGCUGCUCCGCGACGGAGCGGUAGCGCCCGCGGCAGAGCCCCGAAAAUCCCACUUUCUCGGAAGAAAUCACCGCGUCGGGUCGGCCCUGCGGGCUACAGCCACCGGCCUGGCUGACCAUGGCUCUUUCUGUGGAGACUGAAUCGCACAUAUACCGAGCUCUACGCACUGCCUCUGGGGCUGCUGCCCACCUUGUGGCCCUAGGCUUCACCAUCUUUGUGGCUGUACUUGCCAGGCCUGGCUCCAGUCUCUUCUCCUGGCACCCAGUGCUUAUGUCUCUGGCUUUCUCUUUCCUGAUGACUGAGGCACUGCUGGUGUUCUCUCCUGAGAGUUCGCUGCUGCGCUCCCUCUCGCGGAAGGGCCGAGCUCGCUGCCACUGGGUACUGCAGCUGCUGGCCCUGUUGUGUGCACUGCUGGGCCUGGGCCUUGUCAUCCUCCACAAGGAACAGCUUGGCAAAGCCCACUUGGCCACGUGGCACGGGCGGGCAGGGCUGCUAGCUGUGCUGUGGGCAGGGCUGCAGUGCUCAGGUGGGGUGGGGCUGCUCUACCCCAAACUGCUGCCCCGAUGGCCCCUGGCCAAGCUCAAGCUGUACCAUGCCACUUCUGGGCUGGUGGGCUACCUUCUGGGUAGUGCCAGCCUCUUAUUGGGCAUGUGCUCACUCUGGUUCACUGCCACAGUCACCGGUGGGGUCUGGUACCUGGCUGUGCUAUGCCCUGUCAUCACCAGCUUGGUCAUCAUGAACCAGGUGAGCAAUGCCUACCUGUACCGCAAAAGGAUCCAGCCUUGAGCUCUUCCCAGCCUAGGGGAAGCCUGGAUUUGCCCCUCAGUCUAGGAGCUGGGGCUGGGACCUCCUGCACUCUCUCAGCUGACUUGGUCAUGGGACACCUCAGGGGUAGCUGGAGUCCUGUGUGUGACAUUUGUGCUUGCUCCUCCUGCUGGAGUGCUCCCCUUUCCUUCUUUCUCUACCAUCCCAGAGAAGUUUAUGGAUCAUGUGUCUAGAUGAAGUUGGGCUUGCAAGACUGCCCCCUCAGCAACUCAACUUGUGCUGGUAUGUCCAGAAAUUACAGAAGAGAUAAAAAGUAAAAUAA